AUGCCUCUCCGCGACUAUUCCCGGCUGAUUCAUUCCCCGUCUCUGAGAUGGGGCACGGUUUUCACCAUCUCAACCCACCAUGCAGACCUCCACGACCUCGUUGAGGUAUCUAAAAUUACCAACUUGGUGGCUCUGGAUAUCACUACCCCUUCUCUGGCCCAAUCCACAGCCAAUCAGGAUGACGACGCCCCGAUAACCCACUUAACCGAUCGCGUCGUGAGGAGCUGGAGCGAAUUAGCCCUCGCCGGUGAAGCUUUCAAAAAUCUACGGGUAUUGAUGCUGCACGUGCAAGCCGACAUUUCCCUGCGCGUUUUCUCAUACCUGGAUCAGUUCCCUUCGCUCGAGGCUCUGAUUAUCGUAGGCUGCCAGCAGCUUACCGACGACAGCGCAAAGAAUGUUGGUCGGCAGCAUGGAUGGAGCACUCGUAGAGUCAAUGCCACCAACAGAACCAUAUACGAGUGCUACAAGGCGCAUGUUACAUCUGCCAACUCUGCGGACUACUCGGAAGGAUCAGAGAUACGCUCACUGCCAUUGCUCGAGUUUUCCUUAGGAGCCCCCGAUGUGAGAGAGUAUGCGAAGAAGCAGCACCAAUCGGUUUGGUUUCAUCGGCAGAUCCAAAAGUCCAAUUUGGAGCUGGCGAAUAGUAGAAAAAGAACACCCGACCCCGACAUCAACGGGCCGGCGAGGAACGACGUGAAGAGAUUGCGAGGCAAGCCUGUCCCAAAGGGCCAGAAAGGCAUCAACAUGGCCGUAAAGUCAUAUUUCCCCAAGACUAAUGACACGGUCAGAGGAGGCUGA